AGGACUUGGAGUCUGUCGCUGUUAAUGAGUCUGGUGUCAAGUCCCCCCAUCUACAAUGGACACACCAGUGGUCUAUGCAGACUUAAACCUAGCCAGGACCCAAGAGCCUAAGCAUGAAUCACCUCCAUCUCCUUCCCCAGAUACCUGUCAGUGCCCUUGCUGGCAUCAGUUGGCUCUCAAAUUUGCCUGUGCUGGCCUCAUCCUUCUUGUCCUGACUGUGAUUGGACUCGGUGUCUUAGAUUAUCCAGCUAAGGUAGAGUGCCCACAAGACUGGCAUUCACACCGAGAUAAGUGCUUUUAUGUUUCUCAAGUUUCCCACACUUGGAAGCAAAGUCAAGCUGACUGUGAU